CGGGCAUGCAUCGGAGCAUCUCAGCCGGCGGCAGAAGCGCUCCCCGGGGACGGCCAGCACCCACCGCUGCAGACCUUCUUCCCGCUCGUCGCCGCUGCUGCAGGCGCUGGACUUUCCUGGGCUGCUCUGGACUGCUCCGCGAUCCAACUCUUUCCCGGCGGGACAAGUAACUGCCUCUGAUCAGCUCCAUCAGCUCCAUCAGCUCCACUUGCUCCAUCAGCUCCACUUGCUCCAUCCGCCCUCAGUGAUCAUGUCGCCAGACUGCAACUCGGACGAUGAGGGCCAGGCUCCUCGCUCCGUCUCCAACCCGCCGCCGUCCCUCGACUACUGCCUGGUGCCUGCCAUAGCCAAGGCAUGCACAAAGCGCAUUCAAGAACACAUCGACGACACCGUCCGCCUGGACCCAGCCUCGCUCUGCGUGGACUUGGACUACCCUACCGAAAAGCACCCAAAAGGAAGAUGCAAGACCUGGGGCCGCUUUGGAGCCAGCCGGAGUGCCGUGUCCCCCGCGAAUCCCCGCCCCAGCCGAAGGACAUGCAGCCCGGAUUCCCAGGCUCUCUUCGACCGGCCGGACCCCAUUCCGUCGCCGCCGCCUUCGGCACCGGUCUGCUGCUGGAUGGAGCCGUCGGCCUCCGCCCCUGGCUGCAGCCCUUUCGACCUGGCCUCGCCGUCGGAGGCGUCGUCCUGUCAGCUCCGGGCGACGCCGGCCAUGGAUCCGUCUCAUGGCCUCCGGCACGACUCGGAGGAUCUUCCCCGGGCCCAGCCCUCUCGGAUUGCUUCGUUCCCGGCCGAGCUGCUGAUGCAAAUCUUCCAGCAGUUUGUGCCGCACUACCACGAGUACCACACCUUGAUCUCGAGAGAGUCGACGGUACUGUCGCUCUACCACUGCACGCUGGUGAGCCGCCGCUGGCACUCUGUCGCCCAGGAGGUGCUCUGGAAGUGUCCACGGGUCUAUACCCUCGGCCAACUCGAAGCCCUGGCCGACUUUUGCAGCACGGACAGACCCGAUACCUUGGGCCGUUGUCGUUCGCUGCGACCCGAGCCCACUACUGCCGAGAACUACCACCUCGUUCGCAGCUUCACGCUCACGGCCACCCUUUCGGAACAGCAUCGCAAUCACCACUCGCUUUCAAAGAUCAUCCCACGGUUCCUGAUGCAUCCCAAUAUCCACCUCACGGUCUUGGACGUCAGCUUCCUGCGGGGCCUGUCCAACUACGCCUUGAUGAAGUGCUGCCCGUAUCUGCGCUCCGUCGUGGCCCUCAACCUGGCCGGAGGCAACCGGAGCGCAAUCUGCAUCACCAAGUGCAUCUCGAGCAUGCCGAAGCUCACCCGACUCUCGGUCGCCUGGAACGCCAACGUCGACGACAUGGUUCUUUACGAGAUUGGAGAAAAGUGUCUCGGGCUGGAGUGGAUCGAUCUGAGCGGAUGCGUCAAGAUCGGCGACUCGGGACUCUUUGGGCUGGCCCGGCUCAACAACUGGACCGAAGGCGCCCGCGGCCUAAGAUUUGUGGAUCUGUCCUUUUGCUCCAACAUCACCUAUGUCGGUGUCUUGGAGCUGGUGGAGCGCUGCGUCGGCACCCUCGAUGUCCUGAAUGUCAUUGGCUGUGGUGACGUGGGCCUGGGAAAGUAUGCAACCGAUCCCCUUCCGGCUCCCGCACAAGCCCAACCCGGCUCAUAUGUCGCCCCGUCCAAGACUCAGUCCCUAUCCAAGCAGGAUCCGCACGAGUCCUUGCUCGACCAGGACAGCGGAUCCGGCAAAAGCCGGCCUGUCUCUGGCAUGCCAUCGUCCCCGAGCCCAAGCACAGAUCCCAAUGCGACGGGAGCAUCCGGACAGCCACAGGAGCCCGGUUCUGCCACCAGAAGCCUCGCUGGCCACAAAAGCUGCUCCGCUCCUGCAGCCUCGGCAGACCGAAACAGCCCGGCAGACCGAAAUGGCCCGGCUGGAGGCGGCCCAUCGCUGGGCGAUCAGAGCGCGGAGCACUCCAACCCCCCGCGGACAGCAGCCGGACCUGGCCCCGAGGAGAUAGAAGGCGAGGAUUGGCGGCGGGUCAUUGUGAACCUGCCCGGGUUCGUCCCGUUCUAAGCGAAGGAUGGUUGAGCAGAGAGCCAUACGACCUCCCUCUCUCCCCACCCACACCCGUCUGCCUGUUGGGAGGACACUUGAAUAGACUUGUGGCUACUUCUUCCUCUGUGACUACUUCUUCUUCUGCGGCUGCUUGCCCCUCUGCCUG